GUAAACAGAUCACUUCCUGUGCUGUAUGCGGUGUUGUUGACAUCCGCCUUGCACUGUCUUUCAUUAGAUCUGUCAAACACGACCUCCUCGGAUUUUGCUGCGACUUUACAUUCAUCGCUCAGGCCGGUGCUGGUGUGAGUUGAGGGGGGCUGUUACAUGAGGAACUGGCUGUGCUAAGGAGCUCCGCAGCCGCACAGGAGACAUGACGGCUGGGUUGCUCUUGGUGAUUGUGUGCGGGCUGCUGGAGGUCUGCGGCGGCGUCUCCGCUAACAGAGGGGGCUAUCCCUCUUUUACAGACGAGGUCCCGUUCAAAAUCACCUGGCCUGACGCUGAGUUUACGCUGCCACAUGCAGGUGCACUUUACAGCGACGAUGACUUUGUUAUCAUGACAACAACGGAGAAGGAGAAGUACAAAUGUCUGCUGCCCUCCCUGACAGCUGGAGAUGAGGACGGUGAUAAGGCAUAUGGUGGGCUCAGUCCGGGUGAACUGCUGGAGCCACUGUUCAAACGCAGCAGCUGCUCGUAUCGGAUAGAGUCUUACUGGACAUACGAAGUGUGCCAUGGGAAGCAUGUACGACAGUAUCACGAAGAGAAGGAGACUGGGCAGAAGAUAAGUGUUCAAGAAUACUUUCUGGGGAAUAUGGCACAGAAGAGCCAGUCUUCAGAGACAGAUAAAGUUGAAGAGGCAGAAAAUGUCAAAUCGACAGCUGAAACAGAAGUGCCCACUAAGAACAUAGAAGGUCAACUCACUCCCUACUUCUCAUUGGAAAUGGGAAAUGGGACUCCUUGUGUGCUGAAACAGGACGAGCCUCGCGCCACAUCUGUACUGUACGUGUGUCACCCAGAGGCCAAGCAUGAGAUCCUGUCUGUCGCUGAAGUCACAACGUGUGAAUAUGAAGUGGUGGUGUUAACUCCGCUACUUUGUGCUCACCCAAAAUACAGGUUUAAGUCAUCACCAGUGAACACCAUCUUUUGCCAAGCUCUGGCAGGCUCCCCGCUGCGACCUCAACGGCUCACCCAGUUGGACAAGGAACAAGAGCAGCAGCUCAAACCGCCUUUCAGUGCUACAUCUGAGACCAGAGAGGAGGAGGUGCCACCGGUGAGAGAGGAAGCCUUCACCUCCACUCACAAACCGAUCACAGUUGGAGGGCAGGCCCAGGUCACUGUGGGCACCACCCACAUCUCCCGUUUGACAGAUGACCAGCUCAUCAAGGAGUUCCUCAGUGGCUCAUACUGUCUGCAUGGGGGAGUAGGCUGGUGGAAAUAUGAGUUCUGCUAUGGAAGGCAUGUUCAUCAGUACCAUGAGGACAAAGAGCAAGGAAAAAACAUUGUGGUGGUGGGGAACUGGAACAAUGAGGAGCACAUUGAUUGGGCCAAGAAGAACGUAGCCAGAUCCUACCAGCUCAAAGAUGACGGAGUGCAGAAAGUCAAGUUGGUUUCCCACUUUUAUGGCCACGGGGAUGUUUGUGAUUUGACAGGGAAGCCCAGACAGGUCAUUGUCAAGCUCAAAUGCAAGGAGUCUGAGUCUCCCCAUGCGGUCACUGUCUAUAUGCUGGAGCCUCAGACUUGUCAGUACAUCCUUGGGGUCGAGUCUCCAGUCAUAUGCAGGAUUCUUGACACUGCUGAUGAACAUGGACUUCUGUCACUUAACAGCUAAACUCGUCAAGGUCAUGUGGCGGCAACCGUGCAUGAAGGACAAAGAGAGGUCACACGUACGAGCAGAGGGGGAUUUACUUGAAGAGACUUAUUGACACUAUGACAACACAGAAGCCUACGUUGCAGAGGAAGAGAGAUAGAUACUGCCCAUGAUACUGCACUAAAAAGCCAACAUUCAUUUCAACAGAGGUUAAACGUGAUCCUGAAGCUGGACUUCCUGUAGCACAGCGCCACCACAUGGCCUGACCUGUGCACUGCCACAUCACAAACUACUCCAGCAGGUGAGCACAGACUCUGUGAGAACACAAGGAAACGGGCUGAUGCCGCACUCCACUCGGCCAUGAAUUUAUUGCCUGUCCUCGGUGUCUAUGCUUCUCUCUGUGUUGAUUUAUUGCAAGUAAAUAAGGGGUGAAUUUGGGGAUUGAUGAUCAUCAGGGGAAUCAAACAAUAUUCAUGGUGGUUUUAUUGUCUUUAAAGUGUGUGUGUGUGUGUGUGAGAUAUAAGUGAUAAUAUGAGUGAGAUGAGAGUUUGACUGUGGAUUUUUUUUGUAUGUGUAGAUAUGAGUAGCAGCAGUAGUAUGAAUAUAUGCUGUUUUCAUUUCCAGGUGGAGUGGUUGAGUAAAAUCUCAUAUGUGAAAUGUGUGUGCGUGUGUGUGUGUAUGAGCAAAUGUAAAAAUGCAAUCUGGGAUCCUGAUCACUGCUGUAUCACAGAGAUAAAAAAAAGUGCGUUCUGAGAAGAGAAUAAAGCUAAAAUAUAAAACCUUA